GUGACGUUUCCUGUCGCCUCCCAGAUUUUCUCUGCUGCUGCGUCAAGUUGACGCAUGUUCCCAGAUCCUGGUCCUCACUGACGUUGCUGGUAGUCACGCUAAGGUUCGGACAGAACAACUGGAGUCAAGUUGUUAUAUCCCUUCAGCCACACGAAGAUGUUCUUUCUCAAGAAAGUUGUCGGCGGCAUCGUUGAUGUUGUCAGCAACAUUGAUCCUAACCAGUUCGUGCCCGCAAAUCCUCCUCCUCCACGCGGGCCAGUGGCAUAUGCAGAAAGGCAUGAAAGUGAUGAGGAGCAACAGUUCCGCAGAGUCUUCCAGCAACUCGCUGGAGAUGACAUGGAGGUGAGCCCAAAUGAGCUAAUGAACAUCCUGAACAAGAUCAUCUCAAAGCACGGAGACCUGAAGACAGAUGGUUUCUCCAUUGAAUCCUGCAGGAGCAUGGUGGCUGUCAUGGAUUCGGACAGCACUGGGAAACUUGGCUUCCAUGAAUUCAAACACCUCUGGAACAACAUAAAGAAAUGGCAGGGUGUGUACAAGCAAUAUGAUGCAGACCGCUCUGGUGUCAUCGGUGCAGAUGAGCUGCCAGGUGCCUUUAGAGCUGCUGGCUUCCCUCUCAGUGACGAGCUCUUCAAGAUGAUCAUUCGUAGAUAUAGUGAUGAAAGCGGCAACAUGGAUUUUGACAACUACAUUGGCUGCCUUGUGAGGCUUGAUGCCAUGUGCCGCGCCUUCCAAACCCUGGACAAGGAUAAAAAUGGGACUAUCAAGGUCAAUGUUAAAGAGUGGCUUCAGUUGACCAUGUACUCUUGAGUCCUGGUGAUGCCGCCUUCCUCCUCUCCAGCUCGUUUUAUAAAAUGACUCCACUCUUAUCUACACAAUACAAAGUAUUUUAUCUAUAAAUCCCUCAGCUGCAUGCAUGUAGUUUUCUUCUGAGUGACACAUGCAGGUCUAUUCUGAAACCUGAAUGCAGAAUGAUCCCUCUGAGAAGGUAUGGGGGUGUGUACCAAUGCUGUCAAACAAGUGUCAUUAGUUUUGGUAUUGCUUGAAUCUGCCUCAUGCCAUGAAAUGAAAACAGAACUAGAGGCUGCCUCAAUUCAAAAGUAAUUUUAACUAGGGCUUAGCAGCACAGCUCUGGUUCUGUGGCUGGUUUCACUGGUGGAGGGUUCCCACUCAUUUUAUGAAAAAUUGAAACUGCAGAAUUGUCCAAAGCCUCUGAUAUAAUUUUUUUGUUUCUUUCAUUACAAUCAAAUUUCCACUUGGGAUCAAUAAUAUUAUUUUGGUAUCACUGUAAAAGCUUGUUGCCAUGUCACUGGUGCUCUGUCAGUAAAAUAGGUGAACAGGGUGAAAUGACAGCUCGGUUGGGUGUAACAUUGCAGGAAUCUCCACCCACAGUUAUUUCCAACCGUUUCCCCUAUUUAGAUUCUUCUCGGAACUCUCUGGGCCUGUAUCAGCCUGAGAGACAACCACAUGUCUACUGCUGCUGCUUUGUUUCGUUAGACAUGCUGGGUGUGGGACGAUAUUUCUUCAGCAGUUGUAUUAACACUGUGACCUUGAUCUGGAAAAUUCCUACAAAAGCUCCACAAAGCCUUACCCUUGGUACAGCACUAAACUCUCACCUGUAAAGCAUGCAGGUCUCUAAAGAGUGUGCUUUUACAGUCUGCCAUAUAGGUUCCUAUGUCUUAGAAAGUGGCAUUAAAUGCAGUAAUCCCAGAUUUGGGCUCAGUCAGCAGGGAGAUAAAGAAAUAAUUUGGAAAUAAAACCUUUUUAAUCUGCACUAGAUUUAACUUGAGAAAUCUGUAAUAUAUAAAGUUAGUACAUUCAGAAUGUGGUAGACCAUGUUUUAGUUGCCCCUAUAGAACAGAAUAUUAGACCUCCACCUUUCUCUGAAGUGGCCUAAGGUAGUAGUUGAAGCAGUGUUUGUGUGGGCAGCUUCGUGUCCCAUUUAAAUAUCAGUUCUGUUAGAACUGCUCACCUACAGCAUGCUUUGUUUUAGCUUACUCUCACUUUAUGCAUUAUUAUAAAAUGUGGCAAACACUCUGCACCAGGGUUUGUCAGCACAGUCUGUGAAUUAUGUGCCUCUAAUGCAUGCCACCAAUAUGGAAAUGCAAUCCUAAAAUGCUACCACCAUGCAGUUAGAACCAUGCUCAUUUAACUCUUACUGAAAGUGCUUAUGUCAAAUAAAUGCUUGUGCCAGGUUUGGAAUAAAAUGUGUUUCAGUCUUAUUUUUUUAUAGACUGGUGUAUUCUCAAGCUGAGCAAUGAAGUUUCAAAAUAAGAGCAUUAUUUUCUGCAGUGUUUAUAAUCUCUUGGGCAAUUUUGAUUUAGCUUUUUAUAUAAAUAAAAUGAUAACCUACUUAA